AUGUUUAAUUGGAGAAAUACGUAUCUAUUCUCAAUCGCUGUGAGAUUCUUUUUAGCUUUGACAAAUUCUUACAUUCAUCCAGAUGAACAUUUUCAGAACUUUGAAGUGCUAACAAGCUCCAUUCUAAAUUACACCACUAGUAUACCAUGGGAGUUCACAUCUGAAAACCCAGCCAGAAGCAUGGGACCUCUUUAUUUGAUCUACGGGCCCAUUUUAUACUUAAUUCGUAUUACAGGCUCAACAUUCACGCCGCUUCAGAUCUGGUACAUAAUGAGAUUGCAAUUUCUCGUUUUGACGUGGAUCUUCACUGACUUCCUUGUCUACAGAAUGUUACCUACUCGUCCUGAACGCAUAAAGGGAAUCUUUUUCAUUCUGACAUCGUACGUAACGUUAACAUACCAACAGCAUUGUUUCAGUAAUAGCAUAGAAACUAUACUUGUGCUUCUUGCUGUAUAUUUGGUAGACGAGAUGAGGUUCUUCACAAAUGAACAUAGGAGAACUCUCGUUAGUAGUUAUUUUGUACUCGGAUCAGUUGUUGCAUUGGGAAUAUUUAAUAGAAUAACCUUCCCAGCUUUCUUGAUCUUGCCUCUGGUAUUUGUGUUUAAUCACUUGAGGUACAGCAACCAUAAAUUGAAGGCCAUACUGAUGGGAUGCUUAGGUUUCUUAAUCCCAAGUAUUUCCUUCAUUGUACUUGACUCUAUUUACUUUGGACAUGAAAAUACUGGCAUGCUGAUUCUCCAGGACCCAUUCGGUGACUUUUCUAAGUAUAUUAUAACUCCGUGGAACAGCUUGAAGUACAAUUCCAGUACACAGAAUUUGGCUAAGCAUGGAAUUCACCCGUAUUACACUCAUCUUCUUGUUAACUUCCCACAAAUGGUAGGACCUACAGGGCUUAUGUUCUUGUUUUACAAGGGAAACAAGUACUUAAGGGCGACUCCAUUUUUGAGCUUGGUUAGUGGUCUUAUAUUUCUUUCGACAGUCCCGCAUCAGGAAUUGAGAUUCUUAAUUCCCCUUGUACCCUUGGCGUGUUGUUGUUUCGACUUGGAAAAGUUUCAACCUGUCAUAGUCGAGAAGAAUGGCACAUCCAAGAAAACCUCUUCGAUGCUUGUUUCUGCGUUGAUGUUUCUUUGGUAUGUUUUCAAUAUCAUUCUUAGCAUUUUGAUGGGUGUAUUACACCAGGGAGGUGUCAUUCCGGUACUUGACCAUUUCCAUACUUCUCCUAGUCUUCUCACAAACGAUGGCACUUCUGCCCAAAUCUGGUGGAGAACGUACUCUCCACCAAAUUGGAUAUUAGGAAACAAGGAUAAUACAUUGAGCAUCGUUAUAUCUACUUCAGAAGCGCCUAUACCUGUGGACUUAGAUGGCAAGAGAUCACAGUUAUUAAUUGAUACAAUGGGUAGUGACUUUGACUACGUCCAAGGAUUGGCGAAAGACUUACAAGUAUUAGGAGUAUCUAAAAUUUACCUAAUCACUCCUGUCGCUUCGUACCUCACCACAGUAUCAGAGCCAGAGAAAUACAGAAAUGUAUGGAAUUACACUCUUCACUUAGACUUAGACCACUUGGACUUUGGCAACUUGAAGUCAUUGACCCCAGGUAUUGGAGUAUACGAAAUUUUAUAG